GUAGUGCAGGAAUACAUUCAUGUUUCCUGAGCUCUAGGAAAAAACAACGCUAACCCCAUCCCAUAAAAAGAAUCUAUCUAAAAACAUACUUUUCUCAAUUCCUUUAUCCAGGUGCAAGCUUAAAUUGGAGCAUUGAUAACCGAAUAAAAUACAAUCUGAAAUCGAACCUAUAUUCACUGUUAUGAAUCGAGAAUGAGUAACACAGAAGACAGCGGAAGCAAGUGCUCGUCAACCCCCAUUUCCAGUUUCACUAUUCAGUCGAUCCUGGGCACAUCGUCCGAUGCGCCUCGGUCAGGGUCUAAGGAAAGCUCCAAGGGUCUCCUGCCGCGUAGACGCUCUCUGUCAGUGUCCUCUGAGGAAGAAUGCAGCGGCGGGGAAGACUCUGCGGACUGUUUCUGCUCGGACCCUGGCCACAACGAACCAUGCAUCCAACAUCAACCUCUUAAUUUUUCAUGUUUAGGUAAACCAAAAGGACUUAUUUCCAACAAUGACGGGAUUGCACGGCGACCGACUCUGUUGCAGGAUUACAAAGAGGAGCAAGAGAGACCAUGCAAUCAAAUGUCACCGAUAUCUGAAGAAAGACAGGCAGACGGUGCAGACAAACAAAGUAAUUCAGCCAAGAAGAAGACUCGUACCGUGUUCUCGCGGAGUCAGGUGUACCAACUCGAGUCCACCUUUGAUAUGAAAAGAUACUUGAGCAGUUCCGAACGGGCCUGCUUAGCAUCCAGUCUGCAACUGACUGAAACUCAGGUAAAGACGUGGUUUCAGAAUCGUAGGAACAAGUGGAAGCGACAGCUCUCGGCCGAACUGGAGGCGGCAAACAUGGCACAUGCCUCCGCACAAACACUUGUGGGGAUGCCGCUAGUUUUCAGAGAUAACUCGCUGCUUCGGGUACCAGUUCCAAGGUCUAUUGCUUUCCCAACGCCUCUGUAUUACCCAGGGAGCAGCCUUCCAGCGUUACCAUUGUACAAUCUUUAUAACAAGAUUGAAUAUUGACUCUGCUCGUGAUAAUUGUCCUCACAAAUAAUACAUUAUUACACAAUACAACGCAUUCUUAUAGGACAUAACCAGUCUAUUAUAUCACUUUAUUCUUUUUGUUGUUAAAUAUAUGUUUCUUAUGCAGCUAACAUGCUAAACAAUUCAGAAAGUAACAGGCUUCCCCCUCCGUAUGAAAUACACCAUGUGUAUACUGAUUUUGUACCUGCUUAAUUAAUGACCCUGUCCCAGCUAUAGACAUUUACUUUUGGCUUUUAAAUACAGAAUAUCAAUUUAACAUUGGUCAAGGCCAAACUAUCUGUUAUUGGAAAGACUAUUCUAUGCUUUCAAAGUAUGGUAAGCAAAUUCAUAAUUCAUGCGGUUAUGUUGGGCCUACUUAAGAUGAUGGUGGGAAAGGUACAAACUUAAUUCUUCCAUUGGAGGGAUUUUUUAUUUUUAUUGUAAUAUAGACAUACCA